CGUGACUGGCAGCGAGGCGUGCUUAGUGACACGCUAGGCUGGAGCAGUUCCAAGCAAGUGAAGUGACCAACGUAGUGGUGAGAGGAAUGCUCGUACCCCCUCAAAGCGCGGGAGCGAGCGUCUCCUCCCUCUAGCUGUCAGGCGGCGGCGGGUUGGUAGACGGGAGCGAAGAGGUUGUGGUGUCUGCGGCUCCUCCGCCUGUCUGACACUGAGUCUCCGCCCUCCCCAAACUACCAUCUACGGUAGCUUUACAACCCCCCCUUCUGUCUGCUGUCCCUCUGCCCGGUCUGCUCGUCACGUCCGGUAGUCUGAGGAGGUCGGGAAUCAGCAGCAGGGCCCCGGGGAAGAGGGGAGCGGUCUGGCAGACACAAAGAGGCCGCGGCGUGGCCGAGGCCUGGGCCUUCAGGCACGAACAGGACAAUGGAUUUUCCAGGACACUUUGAACAAACCUUUCAGCAGCUAAAUUAUCAGAGGCUCCAAGGACAGCUCUGUGACUGUGUCAUUGUGUGGCAGAGAACGACCAGAGCAUGAACAUGAUCCAGUUGGACAGUGAAGUUGUGACAGCGGAAGCCUUUGCUGCUUUAAUUGAUAUGAUGUAUACAUCCACACUUAUGCUAGGAGAGAGCAAUGUCAUGGACGUUUUACUUGCAGCAUCUCAUCUUCAUUUAAAUUCAGUAGUAAAAGCAUGCAAACACUACCUCACCACAAGGACACUUCCAAUGUCACCGUCUAAUGAGAGAGCUCAAGAGCAGAGUUCUCGCAUGCAGAGAUCAUUCAUGCUUCAACAACUUGGUUUAAGUAUAGUGAGCUCUGCCUUGAACUCAAGUCAGAAUACAGAGGACCAGCCUCAGCAACAACAAAAUUCAAUGAGCUCUUCUGGCCGAAAUAACAUGGUGGAACAAAGAGCUACCUUUCCAAUACGACGGCUUCACAAAAGAAAGCAGUCAUCGGAGGAAAGAGCAAGGCAACGCAUGAGGAACUCUGUUGAUGAAUGCCUCAAUGAUGUCACUCCUGAAAGUGUGCAGUCCAUGGUUCGUUCUCGAGAAGAAUAUUUCUCUCCUGAUUCAUUAAAAAUGAUGGACAACUUGAAGUCUCAUUCUACUCCAGACAACCAUGAGGAUAGCACAAUCAUGUUUGAUGGUUCAUAUAGCAACCAAGAAGAUACGCAAGUACCAAGUCAGUCUGACAACGGUAGAGAAAAUAUUUCACAGAUAUCAAUAAGAUCCCAGGCAGCCCAAGUUGAAACCAGUUACAGUCAAGAUUCUGCAUGCGAUAAAAAUAUAUACUCUUCUGAAACACAAGAAGUUAUUGUGGGUGAAAAAGAUCACAUGAGAGUUAUUGUUAAAUCUGAGCCUCUGAGCUCUCCAGAACCUCAAGACGAAGUUAGUGAUGUCACUUCCCAAGCGGAGGGUAGUGAGCCAGUUGAAGUAGAGGUUGUUGCACGUGCAGAAAAAAUUGAACUGAGUCCUGAAAGCAGUGAUAGAAGUUUCUCUGAUCCCCAGUCAAGUACUGACAGAGUGGGGAAUAUUCAUAUACUGGAUGUGACGGAUAACCUUGAGCACAAAUCUUCCUUCAGUAUUUCUAACUUCCUCAGCAAAAGUAGAAAUGGCAGCUUAGGCCAAAACAGUGAUGACAACAUUCCUAAUACUACAAGUGACUGCAGAAUGGAUGGAGAAGUCUCCUACUUAAUGAGCCCAGAAGCAGGAACCAGCAAUCAUUCUACAGUCAUGUCUCAUAUGGAUAAUCCAUUUAGUGAUAGCCCAGACUCUCAUUUCGCUAGGCCAAUUCAGGAUGUAAUGAGUCUAUCUUGUGUUCAGUCCUCAAAUUAUCGAGGAAAUGAUCCUUUUGGGAUGGACUUCCCAAGGUCCGACUUAGGGCUUCACUCGAUUUCCAGAUCUAUUAUGGGGAAUGCAAGGGGCAGACCUUGUAGCAUUCCAAAUUAUCGGCGUAUUGCACCAAAAAUGCCUAUUGUAACUUCUGUACGGAGCACCCAGCUUCAGGAUAAUGCAAGCAAUUCUCAACUCUUGAUCAAUGGAGGAAAUUCAUCAUAUGAAAAUGGUCAUACAGCACAACAGGGGCCACCCAAGCUGACAAGGGCCUCUGCAGAUGUUCUGUCAAAAUGCAAGAAAGCUUUAUCUGAGCAUAAUGUGUUAGUGGUUGAAGGUGCCCGGAAAUAUGCAUGCAAAAUAUGCUGUAAAACCUUUCUCACUCUAACAGACUGCAAAAAGCACAUCCGUGUACAUACAGGUGAAAAACCGUAUGCUUGUCUAAAAUGUGGAAAAAGGUUUAGUCAGUCUAGCCACCUUUAUAAGCAUUCCAAAACGACUUGCCUUAGGUGGCAAAACAGUAAUAUUCCAACAGCUUUGCUAUAAGUAGAUUUUGAAAACAAUCAAAAAGUAGAAAUUAAUAGCAUUUAAAAAAAAAAAAAAAGAAAUCUCAAAGACCAGCUUAUGUUAUGAUGAGAAAGUAAUAACACAUACCUAACUGAAGGAUAUAAAGACCAGUAGCACAUCAUGCUUAAAAUAUUUAUCAGACAAGUGACUUCUGUGUGUUGGGGGGGUGGAAGAGGGUAAUCAGUAUUGGGAAAAUCUAAUGCUUAAAAAUAAAAAAACCUCUCUUACUUUGAGGUUAUGAAAAGUACUUAAUUUAGUUUAUUAAUGUCUAUGUAAAGUAGCAAAACUAACGUUAAAAUUCUCAGAACGUUUUAGUCACAGUUAUGGAAACAUUCAUUGCAUAACGGAAGCAUUGAAAGUCUGGUAUCUUUCCCUUUAGUUAAUUAUUAAUAACUCGUAUAAUAACCAGUUAUAUAAAUGCCAGUGCCCUUGUUUAAUGUAGUGGUGUCUCUUUGGUGGUAAUGUCCUCCAGAUAAAACUGUAUUUUCAGGUCAGAUUUAAACUUCACUUUCUUGUUGAAGGGUCAGGAUAGCCCCUUGUUAAACUUGAGUGCAAUGAAUAGGGCUUGUGUCUGUUUUCAAUCAUGGCAAACGGUUUUUAUUUCAUGAAGUGAAUAGGAAGAUUGAAGAUACUCUAUAUUUGGUCCUUGAAAGGUAGAUUAUUAGAUUACCAGUGCACAGAUACAUCCACUGCAUAAUGGACUGGAGGGGGUUACAUCUACGGUUGGAAAAUAAUAGAUUUUAUGUUAUUAGUAUGCAAAAUGUAUGUUCAGCACAAGCCCUAUAAAUUGAACUUGUGCAGCAAACAAGGUGUUAUAUUGCCUCCUUAUGGGUUAUUAUAUAUAUAUAUAUAUAUAUAUAUAUAUAUAUAUAUAUAUAUAUAUAUAUGUCUCUUUCACAUUCACUCAAUUUCAUCAGUAAUAAUAGUAAUUUCCUUUUUCUCUUUAAUAAUAAAACAGUAGCUUGUACUUGAUCCCAACUAAGAUAUAAUUAAUACUUACUGGAAGCAACACCAGCUUCUUGAGUUUAUUUAAUGUUUACAUGAUUUUCUAGUAGACUUAAGGUAUGAAGAUCCAAAUUACAGAAAGAUCCAUUAUCCGGAAAACCCCAGGUCCCGAGCGUUUUGGAUAACAGGUCCCAUACCUGUUUGUGUGUGUGUGUGUGUGUAUUGGGAAGUGGCUUAAAGAUACAUUUAGUUUAUCAAUGAAAAUAAUUUUGGAUUUGAUUUGUUUUGUUUCGUGUUUUGAAGUGUAUCAAAUUUUAAGUUUAGAAAGUCCCUUGUAUAACAAUUUACAAGAGAAGAAUGAAUAUUAUACCAAUUCAAUUUUUAACCCUAUUAUUUAGAAAAAAAAACCUCUAAAAUUAAUAAACCACUUUUAGCUGUUUUGGGUAGCACACACAACUAAACUCCUGAAGAUAGUCUUUUUUAUAAGAGUAUAUUUAUGGUUUUAAAAAUUUAUAGAAAAAGCAGAAUGCUCGGGCCCUGGGUUUUCCAGAUAUGCGGUCUUUCCGUAGUUUGUUUCAGCUUACCUUAAGUCUAAUAAAAAUAAUUUAAACCUCAAAUAAACCCAAUAGGAUUGUUUUGUCUCCAAUAAGGAUUAAAUAUAUCUUGGUUUGGAUCAAGUACAGGGUACUAUUUAAUUACUAUAGAUUAAAGUGGAGCCUAUGUGAGGCCUUCCCGUAAUGUAAUGUGAAAAAGAAUGGGUUUUUCAGAAGUGCAUUGGGGCUCCAUGUUGGGAAGGCCCAAUUUAGAAUUUUAGUGGUAUUAGUGCUUUUUGAAACCACAAUAAAACUCUAUUUCUCUAAAAUUAUAAAUGCCAUGAAAGUUAUUAAAAGAUCUGAAUAAAAAAGUUUGAACGAAAAUAGCCAUGGAAAAAAUUUGCAAACCCCAUAAUGAACGAAUAUUUUGUACGACAAUGUAUGUUUUGAUCUCUGAAAACGUCUAAAACCUUGAACAAAGGCUGAUCUUUGAAAGAAAAGAAAGGGAACUUCCAUUGAUGUCUACAUGACCUCGACAGCUUUUACUUGCCAUCCUUUUUAUAUUCAUAGAUUUUAUGGUUUUUACACUUGAUAAAUUACGAAAAAAUAGUGGAUUAAGUAACUAAACGGAAAAUUUGUUCAUUUGCACAAAAAAAUGCAGUUCAGCUAAACAAACGUUCUAUAAACUAUGAACUUUCAUAAAUCAGCCCCUUAGUUUGCAAAGGAUGCUGUGAUAAUGCAAAUGAGUAUUUAUUUACAUUGAUAAAAAAGAAAAGGCAGCUCUAUACCUUUCUUGCAUCUAAUAAGAAUAACAUGACUUUCAAUCCGUGUAGACUGUAGACCAAUGUGCAGUCACACUACAUCCCUGCAGGUAGAUGUACUUAAUUGUUCCUGGAAAGCUAGCACAAAGUUCAGUCAUAUGCUGUUGAUGGAAACAUCAGAUAAAAGGGUUGUUUCGGUCAAUUUUUUUUUUAAAUAUUAGCUGCCUUAGUUUCUCCCCCACCCCUCCACAAUCCAUGGAAUAUGGCAAUAUAUAAAAAAAAAAAAUCAUUCAAGUGUCAACCAUUUAUGAUGCUAAAACCUUUCAGAAUAAGAUUUCUUAACUCUAUGGAGCAGAUUUAUCAAGGGUUGAGUUUUUCUGGUCAAAAACUGUCAAAUUCGACUAGGGAGUUAUUCAAAUUGAUUUUCGAGAUUUAUCAUACUGGCCCUUCGAAUUUGACUAUUCGCCACCUAAGCAUGUAGUUUAAGUCAAUGGGAGACGUCCAGGGAUUAAUUUAGAAUUGUUUGCAGGUUUCCUGACUUUCGAGUAAUUUUCGGAAAAAAAACACAAAUCAAGUUUUUAAAAUUCAAAUUCGAUUUGAGUUUUCGGGUCGAUCCUAUUCACCCGAGUUUAAAAAAUUUGAUUUUUAUAAUAAAUUGAUUGCUCAAGUUUCAAGUUCAUGGGAGUUCAUGGGUUUUUUAAAAAACAUGAAUUAGAAAUUUGACCCUUGAUAAAGGCUUUGUCUUCAGUCUUGUUUGAUAAAGAAGCUGCAAUGAAAUUGAAAUUCAGAAUGUCUGCUCUACCAGCAAUACUUCUAUUGUUUUUGCCUGCAGAUGAGACAUUUUAUUAUAGAUGUAAUUAUGUGCAAAUGAACAGUGAUUUGGCCUCCGUGGCAUACCUAGAAAAGUCAGUGGAAAUCUCUAUGGGUUUCAUGCACAAAUGUAUUUUUAUGACUGAAUAAAGAUAGGAGCUAAAUAUCAAGAUACACUUGCCCAUACCCACCUGUCUGUUCAUUCUGAUCAGCCUUCAGUCACGCCGAGCAACUGUGCUAUGUAGCACCUAUGUUUCAAAAUGAGCUUGUUUUAGGAUCAUAAACACUCUAGUCUAGAAAUAAUGAAACCAUAAUUAAAAUAGUACCACAAGUGUAAUCCACCUAAGCCUUUAGGAUAAACUGGGAUUAAAGUCACACAAGAAUUAGAGGCAGAUUUAUCAAAAUGUGAGAUUAUAUUAGCACACCACAAAAAAUGUUCUCACUUUCUAUUCAUUCCUAAUGGCAUUUUUCAAAUUCUGUUUAUCACCAAUUGAUAGAUACUAGUCUAAAAACACUGUAGGAAUGCGUAGAAAGUGAGUGAGUUUUUCUGUUGUGAGCUAAUGUCACAUUUCGAAAAAUUUGCCCUUAGUUUUGUCAUAGCCGUUGGCUGGAUUGUGUGCUUGUUUGAAAAGAUGGCUUAGCAGUUGGGUUUGUGGUUGUUAUAUGUGAUCCUAUGAAUAGUCGUGAUUUUACAGGGGGUUAUUCCUUCCCUGUAUGCAGUUAUCAUGGGGAUUCAUUCUCACCCUCAAUUUUUGAGAAACCAAAGCAUUUUCCCAGUCCUUCUAAGGAUAUGUGUACAAAUGUACUGUGUCAGGCACUUGGUAGAAUAAUAUGUGGUUAACCUUUAUAAAGGCAUUUUGCAAGACAUCUUAUUUGUACUUAUCGCAAAAUGAGUUUCCAAUAAACAACUGCACCGGCAUUGAAAUAAUCUUAAUUGUAACUAUAAUGUAAAUUUAACUGGAAUUUUAUACAUUAGGAGUAAUAUUUCUCCUUUGGGAGUCAUAGCACUGCACUUUUUUUUGGCAUUGACACUUAUGAAAAGCUUUAAAGAUAUUUGAGAUUUUCCUUUCAAAAUAGCAGGAAAAUGGUUUGUUGGCAUAACAUAACAUGGUUAUAAUGUAAUAUUAAUGUAUAUUUAGAUUUUCCUGUGAAGAUUUUUUUUGUGGACUAAACAGAGGUGCUCACAUUAUGUGUGCAAAGACGUUAACAAAGGUGCUCACAAAAAAAUGAAUGCAGAGAAUUUAAUUUGGACUGUUGAAUAGUUUUUAAUUUACAUUUCAAUACUCAUCCCAGUAUUUUUGGUAGAUGUCUUUUUUAAAUUUUGUUCCUGUAAAAACCAAGUUUGUAUCACGUGAUCUGUGAAGUAUUGUUUCUGUAUGUGCUAUUAAAAGAGCAUUUUAACCAACUUGUAUUUAAGAAAAAUAAAAAAAGUGAGUAAAAUCUGAA